UCAUUCAGCCAUUACACUCUUCUCACUCUUCUCACGGAGGGACGCGCCGCGAGUGGAGACAGGUCAUCUGCAGACAGACAAAAUGCUAUCCGUGAGAGUCGCUUCAGCUUUGGCCAGAGCUCUGCCCAGAAGAGCUGGAUUUCGUCUGUCAUUGAUCUCUAAGGCUGUCCCCGCUGCCUGCGUUGGGGUCAACCACCUCCACACAACCAGACCAUGGCUGCAGAAAACAGGCACCGCAGAGGUGUCCUCUAUCCUGGAGGAGAAGAUCCUGGGAGCAGACACUUCUGCUCAUCUGGAGGAGACUGGACGUGUGCUGUCCAUUGGUGAUGGUAUUGCCAGAGUGUAUGGGCUGAGGAACGUCCAGGCUGAAGAGAUGGUGGAAUUCUCCUCUGGACUGAAGGGUAUGUCUCUGAACUUGGAGCCUGACAACGUUGGUGUUGUGGUGUUUGGUAAUGACAAGCUGAUCAAAGAGGGCGACAUUGUCAAGAGAACUGGUGCCAUUGUGGACGUUCCUGUUGGAGAGGAGCUGCUGGGCCGUGUCGUGGACGCUCUGGGAAAUGCCAUUGAUGGAAAAGGUCCCCUGGGUUCCACCGUCCGCAGACGUGUGGGUCUGAAGGCCCCUGGCAUCAUCCCUCGUAUCUCUGUGAGGGAGCCCAUGCAGACUGGCAUCAAGGCUGUGGACAGUCUGGUGCCCAUUGGUAGAGGCCAGAGAGAGCUGAUCAUUGGUGACAGGCAGACUGGCAAAACUGCCAUUGCCAUUGACACCAUCAUCAACCAGAAGCGUUUCAACGACGGCACUGAUGAGAAAAAGAAGCUGUACUGUAUCUAUGUGGCCAUUGGUCAGAAGAGGUCCACUGUGGCUCAGCUGGUGAAGAGGCUGACUGAUGCUGAUGCCAUGAAGUACACUAUUGUGGUGUCUGCUACCGCCUCUGACGCCGCUCCUCUGCAGUACCUGGCCCCAUACGCUGGCUGCUCCAUGGGAGAGUACUUCAGGGACAAUGGCAAGCACGCCCUCAUCAUCUAUGAUGAUUUGUCCAAACAGGCUGUAGCCUACCGCCAAAUGUCCCUGCUGCUGCGACGUCCUCCAGGUCGUGAGGCUUACCCUGGUGAUGUGUUUUACCUGCAUUCCCGUCUGCUGGAGAGAGCCGCCAAGAUGAACGACAACUUCGGAGGCGGUUCCCUCACUGCCCUCCCUGUGAUCGAGACCCAAGCUGGUGAUGUGUCUGCUUAUAUCCCAACUAAUGUCAUCUCCAUCACUGAUGGACAGAUCUUCUUGGAGACUGAGUUGUUCUAUAAGGGUAUUCGUCCCGCUAUCAAUGUAGGUUUGUCUGUGUCCAGAGUAGGAUCUGCUGCCCAGACCAGGGCUAUGAAGCAGGUGGCUGGUACCAUGAAGCUGGAGCUGGCCCAGUACCGUGAGGUGGCAGCUUUCGCUCAGUUUGGGUCUGACUUGGAUGCUGCCACUCAGCAGCUGCUCAACAGGGGUGUGAGGCUGACGGAGCUGCUCAAACAGGGACAGUACUGUCCUAUGGCCAUUGAAGAGCAGGUAGCUGUCAUCUACGCUGGUGUCAGAGGUCACCUCGACAAAAUGGAGCCCAGUAAGAUCACAAAGUUUGAAAAGGCUUUCCUGCAGCACAUCCUUAGUCAGCACCAGGAUCUGCUGUCAGCAAUCAAGGCUGAUGGCAAAAUCACAGAGGCAUCAGAUGCUAAACUGAAGCAGAUUGUUCUGAACUUCUUGUCCAGUUUUGAGUAAAAUAAGCACUUGCAAUGAACUUGAGUGUGCUUAACCUGUCCUGUUCCUGUUAUUGUUUGUGAACCACUGAAGGCCACAACCUCCAUGUACAGAUUCCCCAAAAAUAAAAUUUUACAACCUAAAA